AAAACAAAGCUCGUCGUUUCAACCAGAGAAGGCCUCUGAUCGCUUCUGAGUGUAAAGGUAUAUUGUUUACAAGCUUACAAAAAGCAGAAGCUAUGGCUGGACAUAAUGAGUCAUCUGGGAAGAAAUCUAGCGAGGCCACAAAUGAUGUUCCGACCCUGAAUGCGGAGAGUUUGCAAAGUAACAUGAAAAUUAUCUACUACAGCCGAACAUUUAUGUCUAUCAUUGGCGGGGUCAUUGCUGGAAUUUUGGGGUUCACCGGCCUUUCUGGAUUUGUUUUGUAUUUUCUUAUUAUGGCCAUCACUUCGGUUGGACUCAUUGCAAAGGCAGGGUUUCAGGUUCAUUCGUAUUUUGACAGCUGGAACCAGAUUAUACUCGAUGGUGUCCUGGGUGGGCUUCUGUCGUUUGUGCUUUUCUGGACGUUUGCUUAUGACAUUGUGCAUAUAUUCUGAGGGGGAGUAUCUGCGGCAUCUCGAACAGAAAAAGUCCUGUUUUGCUGGUGAUUAUUUCUAUAUCGAAAGUCGAGUAAAUCUGCUGCUGGUUCCUGCAAUGUAGUCUUUUGCUGCUCAUUUGGAAAUGGCUUCAGUUUUUUGUAUCAAACCUUGUCAUUGUUUAGAUUUUGUCCGCUUAUAUCUUUCCCCAUGAAUACUAUUUGGCUAAAAGGUUACAUUUUUAGGCUUGACAAUAGCUACUGAACUUUCUUGUUUAGGUAAAUGUUUAUGAAAGCAGCUAUUUGAUUACAA